AAUGUAAUUUUUCGAUAGCCCAAGAGUUUUUGGCCAAAGAAUUUUGAUAAAAAAAUCAAAAUAAAAUUGGAACACGUUUCAUAACAAGAGAAAAAAUUUUUCGAUUUUUGGAUCUGAUUUUGUUUGUGAAAAAACAUUGCAAAAAUGUUUUCAUUCCUAAUAUGUUUACUAUUGUUUUCUUGUAAUACAAUCAAUUGUAAUGAAGAUAAUUCAAUUCAAUCAUUUACAACAAUUUCGAAUGAUAAUAAUUUGGAUUCGAAUUUGAAUAAUCAAAAAUUUCAAUCAUCAUUUUUUACAUUUGAUGAUACAACAUUAUAUCGUAUAAAUUGGUUGGAUUUUUCUGAAUUUCAAAAUAGUAAUGAAACUCUAAAAGCAGAAGAACUUAUCCUGACCAAUGAAGAUCAGCAUAAAUAUCGUUGUAUUAUUCCGAAUGUUCAUGCAGAGAAUAAACUAAAUGCUAAUACAACAAAAAAUGAUGAUCUAAAUCCAUAUCAACUGUUGAAACCAUUGUUUACGAAAAAAAUUUGCUCAUAUCGUCCGGAAAAUUAUUGGAAAUAUGAAAUUUGUCAUGGAAAAUAUAUUAGACAAUUUCAUGAAGAUCCGGGUAUAAAAGGUUCAAUUCAAGAAUAUUAUCUUGGUACAUUCGAAAUGGAUGAUUAUAGUAGAUAUGAAAAAUUAUAUGAACAAAGAGAUCCAUCUGCGAAAUUACCGGUUAUAAAUGUUGAAGAUAUACAAUUACCUUAUAUUGAAAUUAAUAUGACUGGUGGUACAUUAUGUGAUUUAUCCAAUAAGAAACGUUUUACUCGUGUUUUAUAUGUAUGUAAUGAAGCUGGAAAACAUGAACUUUAUUCAGUUAAAGAAACAACAACAUGUGAAUAUGAAGUUAUUGUAUUAUCAUCUUUACUUUGUCUUUCGCCUAAAUUCAAGUUAAAAAAAUCCAUAGAAAAUAAUAUCAAUUGUUAUGCAAUGGAUAAAAUGAUGGAAAAAAUACCAAAAGGAUUUGAACUUAAUAAUAUUGAAUUGGAAACAAAAACUAAACGUUUAAAAGCUAAACAAAAUAAUAUUAUUGGUGAUUCAUUUUUAGAAAGUAAAACAAUUUUAAUUAAUACAAUUGAUAAUGGUAAAGAAGUUCGUAUAAAUUUUAUUGCCGAUACUGAUGAUUAUGAUGGUUCAUUAUUAAAUUCACAUUCACAUAUUAUUGCUAAAUUUUUAAGAGGAGAAUAUUGUCUGACUGGGGGAUCUGGAUGGUGGAAAUAUGAAUUUUGUUAUGGAAAAUCAGUAAAUCAAUUUCAUGAAGAAAAAGGUGAAAAACUUAUGAUAAUUAAUUUAGGUAAAUGGAAUCUUGAUAAACAUAUUGAAUGGAUACAAAAAGAUUUAUCAAGAAAACCAAAACCCGGUAAAACACCUAAACAAGUUUGGCAUUAUUAUUCAUCGGGUGAUUAUUGUGAAUUAACACAACGACCAAGAACGGUUGAAGUUAAACUUAAAUGCCGUUAUGAUCCAUCUAAUCCAGAUUCGGUUGCCAUUUAUCUGAUGGAACCACGAACUUGUGAAUAUAUUCUUGGUGUUGAAUCUCCUAUUAUCUGUGAUUUGAUCAGUAAUGUCAACGAAUAUGGUAUAUUUCAAUUUACCAAUGAAGAAUAAUAACGCAAACAACAGAAAAAACAUGUAAAAAUUUUAUUAUUAAAAAUUAAAAAAAACUUGUU